AUGUCACAAGAGUUAAUAUUAAAAGAUAGCUUAACAGAAGAAACAUAUGUAAGAAAUAACUUUAAUCCAUCUGAAGAGGACUCAAAGUUUUCAUAUACAUCAGCAAGAGUUGGUAAACCAUUAUACAACACAUAUGAAAAGAAUGAUUUUAAAGUUUUUGGUUAUUAUACUGACUGGUGUCAAUAUGAUGGUCGUUUAGAUGGUUUAGUUGAACCUGGUAGGGGUCGUGAUUUAAUGAAUAUUAACCCAAAAGCUUAUGAUAAAAUCAUUCUUGGAUUUUGUGGAAUAGUCGGUGACAAGGGUGAUAAGAGAUUUAUAAUAGAAAAAGCUGCUAAAGACUUUAACAAAAAAGAUAAUGAACCAACUUUUACAGAUGGUUGGGGUGAUGUAUUAUCUUAUCGUAAUGUUGGUUUCAAUGGGUGGUUCAGUGAUGAUAUUUUAGGAUGUUUUUCUCAAGAUAAAUGUCAAGGUAUCCUUGGUGGUCUUCGUAAAUUAAAAGAAAAAAAUUCAGAUCUGGUAAUCUCAGUUUCAAUUGGGGGUUGGACAAUGUCUCAAGCAUUCCAUGAAAUGGUAAAAUCAGCUGAAAAAAGAAAAACAUUUGCAAAUGGGGUUGCUGAUCUCUUAAAUAGAUUUCCAAUGAUUGGUGAGAUUGAUCUCGAUUGGGAGUAUCCAGGUGCUGCUGGUGAAGAACAUAAUGAAUAUGGCCCAGAAGAUCCACAAAACUUUGCUCAAUUAAUUAUAAGUGUCAAAAGCUCUCUUUCAUCUAUAGGUCGUGAUGAUGUUAAAAUCAGUAUUGCAGCAGCUGGAGUCAUUGAAAAGAUAAAAGUAGCUAAUAUUCCACUUUUAAUGCAGGCAGGUGUUAGUUAUAUUAAUAUUAUGACUUAUGACUAUUUUGGAACUCCAUGGGCUGAAUCAUUGGCACAUCAUACCAACCUCAGAGCAGAUCCAAAUAGUAUUGAUGCAGUCGUUAGUUAUUUAGUAAACGAUUUAAAUAUUCCAUCAAAGAGUUUGUUUAUUGGUUAUGCUUCCUAUAGUCGUAAUGCUCAGGGUGCUCAAAUAUCAAGUAUUUCACCUCUCAAAGGUGAUUACUCACCAAAAGAAACUACAACAGUAGGAACUUUUGAGAGUGGGGUCACUGAAUACUACGAUAUUUUAAAUAACUAUUUAGAUUUUAAUUCUAAAUCAGGAAAAAAUGGGUUCACUCUAUACACUGAUAGAGCAAAAGAUGCAGAUUUCUUAUAUAACUCUAAUUCGGGUGUAUUUAUGUCCUUGGAUACCCCCAGAUCUGUCAAAUCAAAAGGAAAUUAUGCUGUACAAAAUAAGUUGGGUGGUUUAUUCACAUGGACCAUCGAUCAGGAUCAUGGUUUACUCUUAAAUGCUGCAAGAGAAGGUUUAGGAAAUGAAAUAAUUGAAAAAGAAGUUGACAUGUCAAAUUAUUAUUUCAGUGGUAUCUAGGAGAUCAUCAUAUAUUUAAAGAAUUAAUAAUAAUAAAAUUUAAUUAAAAAAAAAAGGUAUUUUGU